AUGAAAUGGAGGGUUUAUGUUGAAAUGAUUAGAAGCGAGUCGCUUAUUGAGAAAUUUGCAGCAAAUCAUCCAGCUUUAUCACCAACACAUUCAUUACGGGGUAAUGACCUUAUGUCUCUGGCCGCACAUAGUGGUAUUGCCAUCAAUUGUUCCGUCAACUUACCACCUUCAGCACGCUCCAACGGUGGACUCGUUCAACGUCGUCUACCGCAGAUACCACCGAUCAAUCUCAGUUAUGAUCAAAAACAACAACCGUAUGAAGAUGAAAUCAUUACACCGCGACUCAUCUCAUACGAUCAUCGCUACAUUUUGGCGAAUAGAAAGUUCGUUUUG